CCGCGCUUCAGUUAUAAACAAUAUUUGUUUGUUUUUGUUUUUAUAAAUGCGACAUUAAAACAUUCACAUAUUUAAAAAUGAAGCUUACUUAUUUAUUUAUUACAACGCUAGUGUUUUACAUUGUAUUGAUGGAAACUGUGGAUGCAUGGAGAGGGAAUUAUCAAUCAGUACGGCGGAGUAGAAAUAUACGUCAGAGAUACUGUGCAUGCUGGUACUGGUGGUGGGGAUGUUCAUACUGGAGAGAUUACUGGAGAACUGAAUAUUAUUAUGAAUAUAUUUGUAGACCUGGAUGGACACACAAUGGGGAUCAAAACUGUGAUAUACCUGUAUGUCGUCCGACGUGCCAGAAUGGCGGAACUUGCACAAGUCCAAAUGUCUGCCAGUGUCCUUCAUGGUCUCAAGGAGUAGGAUGCGCUUCAUUGACAUGCUCUUAUAAAAAGCCCUGUUACCCUGGAAAUUGCACAAGUGGCACUUCUUGUACAUGUGAACCUGGCUUCAUAAAACAAAGAGAAUCUGAUGGUUGCAUAGGAUUUGAUUCUACACGUGAAGAGCUUCGUCCAGUUGUCGGUAAGAGUAACGUAACAUUGUCUCAUAUCAGAAGAACUGAUGGUAAAGUUGAUUUUAUGUUCAUAUUAGAGGGCCUGGAGGAGAAAGAACCGGGGAAAAAAGAAAUUAUUUGGAGCAACCAGAAGCGAUUCAAUAAUCUCUAUUUCGAGUAUAUAACGUAUUUCACUCAGCCGGAAAACUUGCCAAAGAGACCAAAGUAUGUGUCUGAAGCAAAAAUAGGAAUAGUAGAAAGCAUCAUAGAAGCAAACGUCAGCAAAGUCCCCAGAGAUGGUGGUCUGAUUAGAGACGAAGGAUCAUUUAAAGUCUACAAAUGUGAGGGUGGUUUCUCAAAGGACCAUCCGGCAGCCGAGCUGGCCACAUGUAUAAUAGACGAUGAUCAGUUCAAGACACUGAUUGAACAUGGAGAUUGGUUGAACAUCAAGUUCAAGUCAUCAUCCGGGGGUUUCCAACAGUUGGUCAAUAUAGAUGAUCAGAGUAAUCCAUAUGCUAGGAAAUACUACAAAGGUCUGCAAGAUAUUCGAGAGGUACAAUUCAAUUUCGACUUCGUAGCCCCUAAACAUUGUAAAGAAACAAAAAAAUGUAAUUCAUGGUCAAACAUACUCCGUGUCGACAAGGAAUUCACAAAGGACCCUAUUAAGAUUCUCUGGUCCGGAUGGAUUGACGAACUCUGUGGCGUUUGGGAAUAUUACGUAGAAGUGUUUAAACUAACACCAGAUCGAUAUGACAAACUUAUUGAAGCAGAACCUUUGAAGCCUGUAUUUAAUGCAACAAUUCCACACACAAAAAAAAUUGCUUAUCCUUCUUACAAGCCGAAAGAACCUGGCAUGUACAGUGUUUUGAUGGAAACUAGAGACUUCGCUAAUAACUCAAGAAUAGCCAGAAGGCUUGUUUUAUUUGAUGACCAGUCGGACAUUACACUAAAUGAAAACUCUGACGGAAAACUGUAUGUGAGUUCAGCUGUGAAUGAAACUGGAUAUAUGUGGCAGACUUCAAGUAAAGGAAAUGAUGUAACUAUCGAUGUAGCCUGGUCAAAUCAUUUUAUUAAUAAGAUAAUUGAAGACAAUAAGUUGCUUUAUCGUGUUGACUCAUAUCCAAUCCAAUUCAAGGAAAUUCAAGAUGAUGGCAUACUUUAUAGUCAAAAAUUCGUACAAGAUUCCUUAGACGACAACGAAGGACAUCGAACACUUAAAGCUAUUGAAAACUAUCACGGAAUCGUAAAAUUUGAAGUAGCAACUGUUCUAUCAAAAGAUGAUGAAGAACCAAAGUCCACAUGGAAAAUUUUGGAACCAUUUCAAGAGAAAACCUCAAUUCCGUUGAAGCUACAGGAGGGAAGCCGUGUACGCGUGUGGGUCCGAGCGACAGAUGUAAUGGGAAAUAUAAAAGCAGACAGUACUUUGGUAAGGUUUGAUAAUACAGAACCUACGAUAUCUUCUAGCGGGGAUGGCCACAUGUUUGAACCGAACAUUGAAAGUACGAAAUUUAAUUUCUCUUCGAGGAUAAAGUUCAUUGCCUCUGACAAAGAGAGUGGCGUACAUAAGAUUGGAUUUUCUAUCACAAUUAAAACUACAGGCAAGGAAGACAGGGUUAUUUAUGAAGGAUUUGCACCAGCAUCGAUUUCAAAUUCCACUGAUGACCCACUAUGUAAUGCUGUGAUAGAAGGGAAGUGUUUUAAACCGUUCCAGAAUUUAUACCUUGAUAACUGCUGGUUCUUAGUCAGCAAGGGUGAUCUUGACAAUAGUAUAGCUUCUGUUAAAGUGUAUGCAUAUAACCAAGCCCUGCUUAAUAAAUCCGUGACGUUUGACAUCGGUCAUGUGAAAAAUCUCGAGGGACUCGAAAAAUAUAGCGGUCCUGAAAAUAUACGUAUAGAAUCUCCAACACCAAACGGUUUCCGUGUCGCUUGGGAUCUUCCUGAAAAGACAUCAUGUUAUGGAUUGGCUCAAAUAGCAUUGGUUCUCCUUAGAAAGGAUGGGAGAGAGCCGUUGAAGACAUAUUUCACUGAUGGAUCAAACAAAUAUUUUGAUAUCCUUGGGCUUGAUCCUGUCACUGAUUAUCAAAUAGAUUUUGGAAUAAAAAUACCACAAGCAUCUGCAAUUGAGCAAACAGACGUUUCAUUAGAUGUGAAAACAGAGGCACCUGUUGAAGCAAAAAGUUCUACCGGACUAAUUAUAGGACUCGUUUGUGGGUCGGUGUUCCUUCUGGUUAUGGUUAUUGUUGUUAUGUACGUCCUAUCUAGAAAGGGAUACAUCCAUCCUGCCGGAGGAGUUCGUAGUGUUCGGAGGGCCGUUACACAGAGGGUAAGAAAUACAAGAGAAUACGAGGGGUCAAGACAGGGUGGAUCUCAAUCAGGCAAAAUGGCUUAUGAUAACCGGCAAAGUGAAUUGUAUAUUUACGGUGGUAUGGAUGUGCAGACACCACAGAUAUGGCACAUCGACAGGAAUGAUGUAACGUUUGAAGCAUUGAUCAAAAGUGGACACUUUGCUAACAUCUAUAAAGCUAGACUUAAAACCGGAAAAAGUGAUAGUGAUAUAGUUGUAGCAAAAACACUUAAAGAACGAUUUACACCUGAAGACGAGUUACUUAUGAAAGCUAAAAUUAAUUUCACUGGUGAAAAAGUAGGAAGCCAUCCAAAUGUUCUGAAGUUUAUUGGUGCUGUUGUAAAUGAAGACGCUAUGGGACCAUUUAUAAUUUACGAGUUCUGUGAGAAUGGAACACUGAGAGAUUACCUAGCUGAACGAAAAAACAACGUUACCAUGGAGUUACAAGAAAACCUAUUCCGAUUUGGUCUGGACAUUACUAAAGGAAUGGAAUUUCUCGCUGGAAUGGGGAUUGUUCACCGCCGUCUCGCUGCUCGAAACAUUCUUCUGAAUUUCCUAAAUGAGGUAAAAAUUUCUGGGUUUGGACCACAGCCUUCGGAAGAAGAUGGAGGGGACGCGGAGAAAGGGAAGAGGGAGCGCAUACCAAUUAAAUGGGUGGCACCAGAGUGUAUGGAAUCUACUCGUGAUGCAACAGAAAAAAGUGAUGUUUGGUCAUUUGCUGUAGUCUUGUGGGAAAUAUUCACCCUAGGUGACACGCCAUAUCCAGAAAACAAAGGAAAUGAUCUUCAUAAACGACUGAAGAAAGGAGAACGUUUGAACAAACCGGAACAAUGUGACGACACAUGGUAUGCCGUCAUGAAGAAAUGUUGGUCGUAUGAACCAAGCAAAAGACCAAAGUUCAAGUCUGUUAGACAAGAACUGGACAAUCUUUUCGUUGCGGCACCUGGUGAUGACUACUACUUUUACAAGCGAUAAAUGAUUGAGCGGUGUGUGGAGUUUUUACAAAUGUAAUUAACUGAUUCAACUGCAGCAUAUUACAAAUAUACAAAAUAAUGAUACAAAUGAAAUAAAUAUUUGACAAUAUGCAUACAUAUUAUAAUGAUUACAAUAUUAAAGUUUUUGUAUUGACGUUAGUAUAUGUAGAUAUAACAAUUAGUAUGACAAUGACUCUUUAUGUUUAUACUAAUUAUUUUUUAAACAAAAAUGGUUAUGGGACCAAAUGUACCUUGAAAUUUAAACUGCGCUUGUAUGAUAUAAAUUUUAACUAAGAUAAUAGAUCUACCUUAUUUGAUAAUCACAAACUUAGUUCAAUAUGAUAAUGUUUCAUUUACACAAUAAUAAUUAAGUAAUUAAGAUGCACGUAUGAUUAGGCAAGUAACAACUAUAGAUUUGUGUUUGUUACUCAUCACUUCUGACCAGCACUAAAUUAAUAUUCAAUAUGUCUUUAGGUGUACAAAACAAAUGGUCAAGACCGGUGUAGCUGUUUGAUCAGUUUAAAUUGGUAAAUGCGUGCUAAUGAACACUAACCAAUUAAGUGUUUAAAAUCGGUUUUAUAAAAAAAUUAUUUGAAAUACUGCAAUCCUAUUGGACAAUAAAGUAAUUUUCAACACUAAUUCAAACUUAUGUUGAUUUAAUCUGUCGCGUUGCUACGCCGUGCAAAACAGAUUUAAUUUCUUUAAUAGUGAGUCACUGACACAAAUCUAUAGUAGAUACAAGUUAAAAGUUUUAUUCGUUCAAACCAAUAAUGUUGUUAAAAACAUUAUGAUGUAUGUGCAUACAUUAAUUGCUCUAAGAUGUAAACACGUAAUCACCAAUUAUUUUUCAUUUCAAUACAUGUGCUUUUUAUGCUUUCCGAAGGGAGAGCAUAUAGUCGCCGCCUUGUCUGUCCGUCCGUCCGUCCGUUGUCUUGUUCGAAGCAUAACUUAAAAACCCACGGAGAUAAUUUGUUUAAACUUCACACAGUGGUAGAGGACAUCGAGGCGGAGUGCAGUAUAAAGAACCAUGACUCUAUUUUGUCCCGAUUUUGAAUUAUCUCCGCUUUUGGGAAAAAUCUUUGUCGGGACAUAACUCUAAAACUAUAUGAAAUAUAUAUCAACAUGAAACUUUGUAGAUAGAUAGAUCACAAUGGGUAGCUGUCCAGUGCAUAAGAACCCUAACUCUGCUUUGCCAAAAUGUUGGAGUUAUUGCCCUUUAAUUAUUUUGCACUUUGAACAUUUUCCGGGAUAUUACUCUAAAAUUAUCAGAGAUAUCAACAUGAAAUUUUGUAGGUCUCUAGAUCUCAUUAGGUACAAGUACAUUGCAAAAGAACCAAAACUCCGAUUAGCCCUGUAAUUGAAUUAUCUCUCCCUUUAGAAAAAUCUUGUCCGAGACAUAACUCUUAUGAUAAUUAGAGAUUUCAUCAUGAAACUUUGUAUGUAGAUAGAUCUCAAAAGGUAGAUGUACAGUGUACAAGAAACGUUAUUUGCCUUGCCUUAUUUUGGAGUUAUUGCCCUGUGUUCAUUUUUACAUUUUAAACUUUGUCAGGGUCAUAACUAGGAAACCAUUACAGGUAUCAACAAGACACUUUUUUAGUUUUUUUUUGUGUUUUUCACUUUUUUAAGAAAAAAACGUUUAUUUCUGAUUUAGAUGACCCUAAACAUGCAAAUUUCCAAAAUGAAACUGUAACAAUUUUUACAGUACACUUUUUUGUUUGUUUAAUUCCUAUGGUAGAUAGGUCUCAUUUAUUAGGAGUCCAGUGCAAAGAACAGUUGCUCUGCAUUGCUUUAUUCUGGAAUUAUUGCACUUUGAACUUUGCCCACGGAAAUAACUCUGAAACUACAAGAGGUGUACUUUCCAGUGUCAAAAACCCUAUUGGGAGAGCAUCAUCUGGCUCUAACUGGUCUCUUGUUUAAUAUAAAGCUCUGUAUUACUUAAUAUAUAAAUGUUUUGUAUUAUACUGUAUUUUGUAAAUUUGAAUAAGCUUUGAAUUUAUUAUGUUAUUUUAAAUGAACACGAUCUUAGUUUAAAGAUUCAUGACUCAAGAUGAGCAAAAAUCUUUUAAGAAAGUCAAAAUUGAGAAAAAUGUAUAAAGAUCUAAAGAAAAGUGAAAAAUUCAAAUUCAGUUAUUAAUUUGCAUGUUUUGACUGUUUUUGAGGUAAAUAUCACCAUAGUUCUACUGCUUGACUAAUACAGUGCGGGCUAUUUUUGCAUAUUUUGACCUGCUUUUGGGAAAGAACUUUAUGUGGAUUAAAAUUGCCAUUUGCAAUGUGUAAGUUACUUUACAAUAUUUAACGUUUAAGGUUUUUAUUAAAAUUAGCAUGAAUCUGGAGGCGUGCAGCUCUAAGUGUUAAAUCUUAGUGUUUAUAUAUGAUGUAUAUAUUUUUGUAAAUAUUCAUGACUACAAAUAUAUAUGCUUGCGAACGUUUCCCCUUUUCCAGACCUUAUUGACCAUUUGAGCAGCGCCAUGGCAACACCAACAUAAUGCGUUUACAACCAGCAUGGAUACAGACCAGCCUGCGCAUCCGCGCAGUCUGAUCAGGAUCCAUUAUCUUUGCUUACAAACCCUAUACAAAGUAGAGAAACUGAUAGCGAACAGCAUUGAUCCUGAUCAGACUGCGAGGAUGCACAAGCUGGUCUGGAUCCUUGCUGGUCGCAUUAUGAUAUCGUAGAUGUUGCAUGUAGGAAUACUGUUCUUUAUUGGUUGAGCUUAACCAUUUAAUGCAAAUAACAAUUUAAAUCAUCAUGGGGCGCUAUUUAAAAUUAUACUUAGAAAUUGGAAAAGAAGGUAUUUGACUCCAUUGGAAGAACGUCUGUUGUUGUAUGAAUGGUAUUACUUCAUUUGUCAUAUUUAUUUUUCAGCUUACCAAAUAAUUGUAUAAAAUAGAUGUUUCAACAUUUAAAAUGGAAUGGAAGACAAAAAGCUUAAAAGUAAAAUGUCUGCUGUAAUCAAAGCUUUUGAUUUUGGUGAAAUUAAAAAAUAAUAGAUAUUAGAUUAUAUAUGGUUAGUUUCAAAAGAAAAUAGUUCAGAAAUUGUUCUAUAGUUAGUAAAUGUUAAAAUCAUGUACAAAUAUCUUGUGUUGUUAACAAACUCAUAAAUUUGACUUAACUGUAUUCUUAUAAGAUUUGUCACUCAACUCGAAAUAAAUUUUGAAAGAUUUCAUAAAUGCAUGUGCAAUAUACAUUGACACCAUGAAUGUAGAUGCUGUUGAAUAAGUUCAGCUCGACUAUUCAUGCGUCUAUUAAGUUUUAUUUGCAAUGUACUAAUAUCUCAUCAAUCAUUUUAAAAUAUGUGCUUAAAUCUUCACACAAUCAUUUGAGUUCAUUAUAAGAUAACUAUCCAGUGCACAUGCAACAUCAAUCUUCAAAACUACUUACACAAAUCAAUCUUCAAAACUAUUUAAGGUAUUCACUUUGUCAACCAGUCCCCAAUGUUCAUUGAUCUUGGCAUGGAUUUUGACAGAAUUGUGGCCCUUUUUGACCUUAGAAAAUUCUUGGUAAAGGUUUUGUAUGCAAUAUCAACAACUGAUGGUAUCAAUUCGAAACUUCAUAAUGUAUUCGUGAUCGUUAAUAGAGGGUCAUUGGCAAAGGACCAUUAGUUUUGGAAUGAAUUGUGGAUUGAAUAUAGCCCUUCGUGAAUAUUUCUUUGGUCAAUAUCCAAGACUCUUAAUUAUAUAUGACAUGUAUCUUUUCAAUGUAAUAUCUUUUUGCUAAUUCUUGCAUUGUACAGACACUUGUGUAACUAUCAAACACUUACAAUAGUCGAGCGCGCUGUCCUACACUUAUAACAAAUACCAUGAAGAAAAAACAAUACGACAAAGGAAUACUUGAUGUUUAAGAUAUAGUCAAUGAUGAAGGAGAUAUGUUUACUUUAAAGGAAUAUAUAUAAAUGAAUUGUAAUCCAUAGUUGGAAAGAAGUUUAUCCUUUCAGUGUACUAGAAUUUAUUAACGCAUUCACAUUGAUGUUUAAAAGUUCAAUCCUGAAAUAAACAGGGUUUUGUCACUUUACAAACAAAUGCCUUACUUUAUUAGCUGAAAUAAUUCCUGUUAUCUACAGUAGUGGAUGUGAAUGGAACAAAGUGAUGUCUUUAUUGUCUUAUAUCAAGAUAGUUGUGCUUUUUUUGUAAGGAUCAGAAAUAAUAGUUUGUAAAUAUAGCAUAUACUUUUCUUGGAAUAUAAGAAAUAUAUUUUCUAGGAAAGAGAUAAGGUAGCUCCUACAAUUUCAAGCUUGACUUAGUUAAUAAUUGGCCAGUGAACAUAAACAUAGAGACAUUAGUGAACAUGAAGGUUAUUGUUAGAUUAUCGUGACAUUAUAUAGUUUAUAUAGCUUAAUUUAUUGGAAAGUUUUAUAGAGUAUUUAGAAGCUUAGAAAUAUAAAGAACUAUACAAAUAUACUUGUGUGUGUUUUACACUGCUGUUAUCUACAUCAGAAUGCUUUUCGUAAAAUGUUAACUGUGUAAUGUGUUGACUGUUGAAUGUGCAAUAAAAAUAAAAUGAAGAUGCAGUGUU